CUGUCAGUGGCUUUCAUAGUGGCUCUAUGAAAGUUUGAUUUUGACUGACACUAAAGCAACUCUGUGGACACAAGGAUUCGUCUCUGUUUAAACUAGAAAAGAGAAACAAAAAAUUACAACAUUAAUUUACUUGCUCUCAGAUGUCAAAGUGUGGAAGCUUUCCUGAGAGGGAGGCCAAUGUGCAGUAAUGGCUAUGGUAUGCCUGACAGACUUCGAGGAGUAUGCUAAGGAGCAUCUCUCAAAGGCCACCUGGGAUUAUUAUGCAGCUGGAGCGGAUGAGUGCUGCACCAGGGACGACAAUAUCCUGGCUUUCAAAAGGAUCCGUCUGAGGCCUCGUAUCCUGCGGGAUGUGUCGAUGAGCGACACGCGGACCACAGUGCAGGGAACAGAGAUCAGCUUCCCUGUUGGUAUCGCACCGACUGCCUUCCACUGCCUGGCCUGGCAUGAAGGAGAGGUGGCCACAGCAAGAGGCACAGAGGCUCUGAACACCUGCUACAUCACCAGCACUUACUCCACCUGCUCAGUGGAGGAGAUUGUGGCAGCGGCACCAAACGGUUACCGCUGGUUCCAGCUGUACGUGUACCGGGACCGGAAGCUGUCUGAGCAGAUUGUGCACCGUGUGGAGGGGCUCGGCUACAAGGCCCUGGUCCUCACUGUCGACGUCCCCUACACCGGGAAGCGCCGCAACGACAUCCGCAACCAGUUCAAGCUGCCGCCACACCUCAAGGUCAAGAACUUUGAUGGAGUGUUCCAGCAGGAGGCUUCAGUCCCAGAGGAUUAUGGGAUCCCAGCCAACACCUUGGACCCCUCCAUCAGCUGGAAGGACGUGUACUGGCUGCAGUCCAUCACUCACCUGCCCAUCAUCAUCAAGGGGAUCCUGACCAAGGAGGACGCCGAGCUGGCUGUGGAGCACGGCGUGCAGGGCAUCAUUGUGUCGAACCACGGGGGGAGACAGCUGGACGGAGGCCCCGCUUCGAUUGACGCGCUGACGGAGAUCGUGGACACGGUUCAGGGCAGGAUCGAGAUCUAUCUGGACGGAGGCAUCAGGACAGGAAGUGAUGUUCUGAAAGCGCUGGCCUUGGGAGCCAAGUGUGUUUUCAUUGGCCGUCCAGCAGUGUGGGGCCUUGCAUACAAGGGUGAGGAAGGAGUGAGGGAAGUGCUGCAAAUCCUUAAUGAUGAGUUCCGUCUUUCCAUGGCUUUAUCAGGUUGCAGGAACGUGGCCGAGAUCAACAGGAACCUCAUUCAGUUAUCUAAACUCUGACACACCAGCAGAGGGCAGCACAGAGGACAAUAGCACCCACUGAACAGGACUGAACCAAAUAUUGAACAAGCACCUGAGACUCCAUGGUGACAACGAAACUGAAAGACUUAACCUCAGAGUCAUGACUUUAUCAUGGCAGGAAACAUACAAAACAGCUUCAUGCCAGGGUGUGAGAGUGAGACUGCAACGGAAAGUUAAGGGUCUGAGGCAGAUUCAACAAGUGAAUAAUGAGGGUUUUUUGGGGGGAGUAGAGGCACUUCUCAUGAAACCUACAAGUGUUUGGGGUUUUAUUGUAACAAAUGCAACUGAUCAUGACAUAUACUACAGUUUAAGACGCUGCCAGUGAUUGUAGUUAAAUAAACGCCAGCUGAAAUUGAUGAA